AUGCUUCAGAACCGAACACAGAGAAUCAGUAACUAUCGACUUCACUGGCGUGUGACGGGGGGCGCAGACUAUCACUUGCGCAAUUUCCCUGACAUCCGCCAGGCGCAGCACUCGAUUCUCCGUUAUUCUCCUCCCCCUCCCGGGUUGCCCAACUGUCGGCGAGUGUCGAACGGGGUGGACCAGGCAGGCCUGCAAGAGACGGAUUGGGAGCAAUUGCAUGCAAACGGCGCACACUCU